GAGAGAGAGAAAGAAUGCUAUGAUGUCACACCGGCCCACUCAAAUACAAAAGCAGUGUAGAGAAAGACACACACGCUCGCUUUCCACUAACACAACUCUUACAGCACACAUCACCAGCUCUCAAUAAUUCAUAUGUCUACAGAGUGGAACAAGGACAAAAAUCUCCGUGGCAGGAUCUAAAAUGUCAACGUCUGGAAAAUAGAAGCAGCUUUUGUUUCAGGAAAGCCCAACAAGAACUCCAAAUAAAGAGCUGGACUCUUUAAAAAGUGUUUACAUCCCCAUCUUACCCAAACACAUACCCAACACAAAUCAUCAACAUGCUUCAGCAAAUAUUAGCCGACAUGUACAUCGACCCAGAUGUACUAGAGGCUCUGAACGAAGAACAGAAGAAGAUCUUAUUCUUCAAAAUGAGAGAAGAACAAGUCAGGCGCUGGAAAGAAAGAGAAGAGAAGGAUGGAAAAGAAGGGGUGAAAAAAGAAAAGCUUCGCCAGAAGAAAGGUCCCUGUAAAACUGUGAGCUGGUUGCUGGGCAGUGAUGGUGAUGUGCACGUGUGCUUCAUUGGAGAAUCAGACGAUCUCAAAUCACCCAAAUUCAUUUUGUCAGAGCUGAGGAAUAAGACAGCAGUCAACCCUAACAAUAUCAACAGAGCGAAAGCAGAACCUGUAAGCGUCAGCCUGACCACAGCCAACAGAGAACCACAGGCCAACACAGAAGCAGGGAUCCAUCUUCUGCUUAAGAAACCAGAGGAGCUGGGUAAUUCUGGUGGAGAAUCAGAUGAAUCUAAGCAGGACAGCGGCUCUGAUCAGUCUGUUGAUGACACCAAGGGCCAAAACGAAGAUUCGGACUCCGGCAGCGCUGAAGAAGACAUCGUCCUAUACAAACCACAUUUCAGCAGCACAGCCUCAAAACUAGCAGACAGCCUAAAUGAUCUUAGAUUGCACAGAGUGAUGAAAGAGCAGCUGACAGUCACAGACAACACACGCCCACUGGACAGACCAUACAAAGGAACAGUGAGAGGAAAGGACAGCAGUAUGAUGUACCGCGGUCGUGUGGCUCAGCUUAGACAAACCUUCAACACCACAAAUUCAUCCUCCUCUACAAAUCAGUUGCAGUCUCUUUUUGCCACCCCCCGUCCGUCCUUCCCUCCCUCCCUCGCUCAUCCUGCCAUCCUGCCGGGCAGCAGUGCCCGCUGGCGCGUUGGCAAGACAGUGUCACGGCAGGCACAAGCCAGCGAGAACAGCAGGUGA